AUGGUUACCUCGCAAAGUGAAGUGGGUCUCAUCACCUACCCAGCCACUGUCAACAUAGCGACACUUGCCGUCUUCUUUGUCUAUCUCAUCAUCUCCAUCUGGCUCAUCAUCCGCCAGGGCCUGGGCCGCAGCUCACCAUGGAUAUGGCUCACCUUAUUAUCUAUAUGCCGGCUUACUCAGGUAUCGCUCGAUUUGGCAGCCACCACCAUGUUUCCGAAGGGGGAGGCUUCAAACACGAGUCUUGAAAGUGGUGUUGCGAUCCUGACCACCAUGGGGCUGACGCCAUUGUUUAUGGCCACCAGCAGCUUGCUCAACGCAACGACGCGCCCCAAAGGACGACGCAUGCAAUGGAUCCUACUCAUGGUCCACAUUCCGCUCAUCAUCUCGUUCAUUCUCAUCGUCGCUGGUGGCAUCGAUCCGGAUUCACGAGACGGACCCACUUUUGCAGCUACGGAAGCCACCAAGGCCGGUGUUUCGCUUUACUUGGCGUGUUUCCUCGUCCUGAUCUGGUCCACCACGGUCAUCUCAGCGCGUCUCUACCUUGCCGACAGAGAUGAGGUGCGGAUUCUCACGACUGUUGUUAUGAGUCUGCCGUUCUUUGUUGUCGAUGUUGUCUACAUGAUGUGCUUCGCUUUCGAGCGCUGGCGUGUCAACUCGGGUAACGACGGUUGGCAGAGUAUGCGCUUCAACGUCAUCAGUGGUAGUGUGACACUCCAAUUGUGCAUGCAAGUUAUCAUGGAAUGGGUUAUCGUAGGGCUGUACCUUGGCUUGGGUUUGGAGUUACCCACCAAGGCUGUAAGACUUCGAAGGCAGAUUGAAGACCAGAUGGAUCAAGCUAGGAACAUUGACGUAGAUGCUUGGCAAGAGACGCUAUUAUGGAAGUUGCAUGAUGGUGUGUCUCGACUCGUUGCCGCCAUGAUUAUGCCGGCCCUGCAGUUCGCGCACUGGAUGUUGGGAAAAAUAUUACGGUCUGGGCAACAGAACACGCCCUGA